AUGGUCUCUUUGAAGAACCUUCUUUCGACGGCCCUUCUGGCGUCGACGGCCUUUGCCCUACCCCCUCCAUUGCGUCGUUCCAACGGCAAUGAGACGGCCACGCACUCCAAGCGCGGUGCCGCAUACACCGAUAUCGACGCCGUGCACGACCUCGACGUAAACGGUGCCAUCUCCUGGGCCUACAACUGGGCCGCAACCCCCGGCGGUACCCUCCCGGACGGCGUCGAGUUCGUCCCUAUGCUCUGGGGCACCAAGUCCAUUGCCGACUUCGUGGCCAACAUCGAAACCAUGCUUUUCGGCAGUAGCAGCAAGUACAUCAUGGGCUUCAACGAGCCCGACCUCUCCGAUCAAGCCGCCAUGUCCGUCUCCGACGCUGCUUCCACCUUCAAACAAUUCAUCACCCCCUACGCGGGCCGCGCUACACUGGUCUCCCCGGCCGUUACCAACUCUGGGGACGCAGACAAGGGACUAUCCUGGAUGCGCGAGUUCCUGGGCUCAUGCUCCGACUGCGACAUCGGAGUCAUGGCCGUGCACUGGUACGGGACCGAACCUCGUGAAUUCACCAAAUUUGUGCAGCAGGCCAUCGACCUUGCCAACGAGCAGGGGCUCAAAGAGGUCUGGGUUACUGAGUUUGCACUUACCACGGACAUCUCAAGCGGUGGGUUGACGAGUGCUUCUGCGGAUUUCCUGCGCCAGGUGCAGCCGUGGUUGGAUAGACAGUCGACGGUUACUCGGUAUGCUUAUUUCUGGGCUGAGGAGGGAUUCUUGGUGCAGGGUGGUCAACCUAGCCAGGCUGGUUGGGCCUACAUUGGUUAA